AAUUUUCGUCGUUCCAAAUUUGAAACACUGACGCCCUCUGAAGGUUUAGUUUGCAACUGCGACUGAAACAGACGAAUUUUCUUUCUUCUUGCAUCAUUGCACGUGGAGUUGCGUUACGGAAGCUAAAACCGUGGAUUUUUAUUGAAAAUAAAUCGGAAAAAUUAAAUUAUCUUUUAGUGAGACUUUAGUUGAAAUAGAAUUUUAUAAAAGUAUUUAAAAAAUGUUGUCCGCUGCACGAAUUCUUACUCGAGGUUGUACCGGUGUCACUGCCAAUAUUAGAAGGCGACAGGAAUUCAGCACCAUCCUAAAAAAUGGAACGGCUCCAAUGGUUGCUUAUUCACAAAGAAACGGGGAAAUUAAUCAGUACAGAUACAAAUCUGAAGGAGUGAAAGGAGCAGUUAUUGGAAUAGAUCUUGGAACGACAUUUUCCUGUGUCGCUUGCAUGGAAAGUAAGCAUCCGAAAGUUAUCGAAAAUGCUGAAGGUUCACGAACAACACCAUCCUAUGUUGCUUUUACCAAAGAAGGAGAACGUUUGGUUGGAAUGCCAGCAAAACGUCAAGCAGUCACGAAUUCGUCGAAUACCUUUUACUCCACAAAACGUCUCAUUGGACGUAAAUUCGAAGACGCAGAAGUUAAGAAAGACAUGAAAAUGGUGUCAUACAAAAUCGUAAAAGCCUCGAACGGCGACGCUUGGGUUCAGGGUGGAGACGGAAAAAUGUACUCUCCAAGUCAAAUUGGCGCUUUUGUCCUCACAAAAAUGAAAGAAACUGCCGAAGCUUAUUUAAAUACGCCAGUUAAAAAUGCAGUCAUCACGGUGCCUGCUUACUUUAACGAUUCUCAACGACAAGCGACGAAGGAUGCAGGACAAAUUUCGGGUCUCAACGUUCUCCGCGUUAUCAACGAACCAACUGCUGCCGCCCUUGCUUACGGAAUGGAUAAAACCGAAGAUAAAAUUAUCGCUGUUUACGAUUUGGGAGGCGGUACCUUCGAUGUUUCCAUUCUUGAAAUCCAGAAAGGAGUAUUCGAAGUUAAAUCUACGAACGGUGACACUUUCUUGGGUGGCGAAGAUUUCGAUAAUGCUUUAGUUAAUUAUUUAGUAACCGAAUUUAAAAAAGACCAAGGAAUCGAUAUUACCAAAGAUGCGAUGGCAAUGCAACGAUUGAAGGAGGCUUCGGAGAAAGCGAAAAUCGAGUUGUCAAGUUCAUUGCAAACUGAUAUUAAUCUGCCUUAUCUUACAAUGGACACGAGUGGACCGAAACAUCUUAAUCUCAAGCUCUCGAGAAGCAAAUUCGAAAGUCUCGUUGGUGAUUUAAUUAAGAGGACAAUUCAACCUUGCCAGAAAGCUCUUUCCGACGCGGAAGUUGCAAAAUCUGACAUUGGAGAUGUUCUGUUAGUCGGAGGAAUGACUCGAGUGCCGAAGGUGCAACAAACUGUUCAGGACAUUUUCGGAAGACAACCGUCGAAAGCUGUGAAUCCUGAUGAAGCCGUUGCUGUUGGUGCCGCCAUUCAAGGAGGUGUUCUCGCAGGAGACGUCACUGAUGUUCUACUUCUUGACGUUACGCCCCUUUCUCUCGGUAUCGAAACGUUGGGCGGAGUUUUCACGAGAUUAAUCUCGCGUAAUACGACAAUUCCGACAAAGAAGAGUCAGGUGUUUUCGACUGCAGCUGACGGUCAGACACAAGUGGAAAUUAAAGUUCAUCAAGGUGAACGUGAAAUGGCGACUGACAAUAAACUCCUAGGACAAUUUAGCCUUAUUGGAAUUCCUCCUGCGCCAAGGGGAGUACCACAAAUUGAAGUCACUUUUGACAUCGAUGCGAACGGUAUUGUUCACGUUUCUGCUAGAGACAAGGGAACCGGCAAAGAACAACAAAUCGUAAUUCAGUCGAGCGGUGGUUUAAGUAAGGACGAAAUUGAAAAUAUGGUGAAGAAAGCCGAACAGUACGCCAAGGAAGACAGAAUAAAGAAGGAUCGUGUUGAAGCUGUAAACCAAGCAGAAGGAAUUGUCCAUGACACUGAGGCUAAAAUGGAAGAAUUCAAGUCUCAAUUGCCACAAGAGGAGUGUGACAAACUUAAGGAAAUGAUUGCAAAGAUGAGGGAAACUCUAGCAAAGAAAGACGAAACUGACCCAGAGGAAAUUAAGAAACAGGUUAACGAACUUCAACAAGCAAGUCUCAAAUUAUUCGAAAUGGCCUACAAAAAGAUGGCCGCGGAACGUGAAGGAGGUCAAAGUCAAAGCCAAAAUACCGAGACACAAGGCGAAGCCGAAAAUAAGGAAAAGAAAGAAGAGAAGAAUUAAAAAUAAUUUGUACAUUUCAUAGGCUCUCAUCUUACCUUAAUGAAGUUCAAGUGCAUUUUAUCAAUUUGCCGCAGCAAGCAUAGAAAUUUUAUAAAUAGUUUGAAAUUUAGUAUUAAUUUUAUAUAGUAUUCAAAAUUCAAGUUGCUGAAAAACAAAAAAAAAUACACAAAAACCACUGGUGGUUACAAAAACAAUUAUAUAGCAACAAAUUUGAUUUAAAAAGACAAUUGAAAAGUCAAAGUCUAAAGCAAAAAAAAAAAUUAAGAAGUUGACUGCAAACAUUUUUUUUUCACGUUCCUGAGUAUGUAUGUAGCUUGAUGAUGAAUGACUGGAUAUAGAUUAUAUUUAAAAUGGAAUGAUCACGUGUAAAUAAAUUAUAAUAAGUCUCUAUUCCGAUUUUCUAUUUGACAUAUGCGCAUGACGUAUUUUUUUUCUCCUGUAUUGUCCAAUAAAUUCAUUAAAGUUUCA